AUGAAGCUCACGGGUCUCGAGUCAUUUGUAGCGGGGUGGCUAAUGUUCCUAGCCUUCGCCUCAGCAGAAGAAGGACUGUCAAAUCGCUUGGAUAGUAGAAGCUCAAUUCGAGGAAAUGCUGAUGGUUUCUUAGACGAGAUAAAACUGUAUUUACUGGACACCCCCCUACGACUCCCAAAAGGUCUGGAUCCCAUGGAACCGUCCUCGGCUGCUACUGCGGAGUCGAACUUGGCAGUAUUAGAGAAUUUUCUAGAGGACAAAGAGAUGCUGGAAGCUCUUGACAGUGCUAAGCUGCAAGUGUGCGCUAAGUUGCAGGACACUACCUGUCGUGGACAUUUGAAGAGCAUAUCUUGUGAAACGGUAAACAUUACCGAACUGCGGCAUUCUGUUAUACAAACAGAAGCUCACAUUAACUCUACAGACGGAGAUACAGCUGCUUGUGACGACGCACUCCGCCAUGGGCUUAUACUUUUUGACAUUCUCGUCAUAGUGCAGCCGAUCAAAGAGUUUCAAAGACAUCCUUCCGCGGGCCCACGCCAUGCCCUAAAUAGCCUCUUUUCUGCUCUCAAUGUAGCUACUGUAGGAGAUGCGCACGAAUCAGGUCAAACCCGAUCCACUGAAGCCGCCAGACCGUCAAGUAGCAGCACUAUCUUUGCUGAAGAAUUUAUCGAAAUGCAAAAACACAAGAACAGGGCGAAAACAAGCCAAGAAACCUCAGAACGGACGACCGCCUUUCCAGGUGUUCUAGAGAGCAUCCUUAGCACCUUUCCAGGCCCCUAUCUAGCGUUUGCAGGAGCCGGCGGCCCAAUCGCGGAGAUGCAUGCUAUUGAGCAUAUGAACAAUUUGCAGCAGAUGCUCCCUACAGAAGGACUGGAGUACUCUAUGCCUUUGGAGCGGUAUGCUGGAGGACGAAUAAAUUUUCGACGGCUUUGCAUGAGCUUCAGGGCUGACCGUGGAGCUGAAUUGCUACUAGAUACGCCUUGCUUGUACGAAGACACUGUACUUGCGCGUUUAGAGGCAACCGCUGAGAAAAGCAGCGUUCCUGCGGCAGAGGAAACAGCUUUGCUGGAGUCUACUCCACAUGCUCAAGAACAAGGAGAAACACCAUCGAAGACAGCCAGCAAAAACGCUGAGUUGGAUUUCUUAUUGCUGGCAAUUAGAGGCGGGAAUCACAGGGCGGCUGCACACCUCCUGGAAUCUGCGCUGUGCAAGAAGGUCGUGAAGAAGCUAGGCUCGAGAGCUGCCAGACUCAUUGCCCGGAUUGAUAACUUACUGAACUCCACUGCUAAGGAAGCCGCUUGUGGAAGAGCUUCUGGGAAGUGCCCUAAAAAAGCAAUAUCCAAGCAGAGUCCGCUGCAGACAAUUGGAAAACAACCAGCUGUGCUCUCCCGAUUCCAUAUGAGAGGCACCGUUGGGCACAGCAUAUUCCGGGUAUUCUUUUUCCUCAGUGGAAACAGGUGGAAGAAUAGCAAAGAACUGACCGCGUGUACCGAUAGUGUCGAUAACAUACUCCGAAACUUUGCAGCACUAGUUUCGGAGCGUGCGACAUCCGUUCUCUUAUCCCGGUGGCUACCGCAUACCGUACGAAGGCUCAUGAAGAAAUUUCUGCGCCGAAAGUAUUCGAAAAGACACCUCCGCUUCCUUCUGUCGAAGCUCCCACCUGAUUUCUACGUGAAGCUUUCCUCAUGCAUCGAAGUCCUCGUCCACCCGCUCGUCUUCGUCCACCUAAAUCAGCUGGCGUUUACUGGGUCGGAACUGUCAGGUGCUCGAAGUCCUGCUGGCGGUCUUUCAGAAAAGCUUGACAACCUCAUAGCUGACGCAGCUACGGAGGGACUUCCACAACAUUUAAAGAAGAAGCUUCAAUCGGGCGAAGAGACAACUGUAAAGGAUUUCAAUGGAAUCAACUUUGCUCAUGUUCAUCCGCCAAAACUAAGGACGUGGCAGGAAUACCUCAAGCUGGAGCUUGAAAACAGCUUGGCUACCUGGUUGAUGAAGCCGAGUAGCAGAGAGAGGAUAGAAAACGAAUGCAGGGGAGGCAGAGGUUCAAACAUAGUUGCCCUUUUCAGGGACUGCAUGGACCUUCUAAAGAGCUCCGAUGCUGAAAACCUCACGCUGAUUGGGAAACUUGUCAGUCCAAGAGAGACUUCUGCUGGCAGGCCAUUGUUGUUGAAAUCUCUUAUCUACAGGCUCCUGAGGCUUCCAGCGUACAAGGUCCGGCACCAUUCGUUUGUUGCAAUGAACAUUCGUAUUACUGAGGCUCUGGAAUUGGUGCGCGCCCUGGUCGAAGUCUACACACAGAAUAUGGGAGUGUUUGAGAACCAGGAGGUCUUUAUGACAGCCGUAAUUGACCUCUUUGCGCACCUGGAAGAGAAGAGCAGAACUGCAUCUGGGGGACCACUUGGGGUUCCACAUAGCGUUCUCGUGCCACCACUGCACCGCCAGUACGCAUCACUGCCAAAAGCAAAUCGACUCAAGGAACUCAGGGAUAGUGCAAUGAACAAAUUCUUCCGCCAUAUCUGGACACUCAUAUUCUCAGUUUCCGCGAACAACAUUUUGAACGCGGGGAACUUGGACAGCCUUGAGAAGACUUUCUCUGAUGAGGCGUGGAAGGAGUCAAUCAACGACCCUUUUCAGGCAAGGGACAUGAAACUAUUGCUCAACGGCCACUCGGAACGAGUUUCGAGUGGGUUCCCUCAAACUCGGAAAGCCGUCUGGAAGAGCCGAGUUACAGAAGGGGUCACAGAAAUCGCCAACACUGGAAAUGAAACGGGCCAAGCUAGCAUGACAACAGGGUGCCCCCCGAUAGGGUUGUGUAUGGACGACAGCGGCAAUGUGUUCGUUGGUAACCCUAGAGGGUCUCCUGCACUGACUGCUUUACAAGCCAUUAUGAAGACUGGGAUUAUGGCGAGCAUCGCUGUACUUGCUAGUCCUCUGAUUGCCGUAUACAACAUAGCCGUCUCACAAUUUCGUAUUCUUAGUCGCUUGGAGAUGGCCCUUGGAAAUACUUGCAAGCAGUUGGUAAACCGACUGGCGAAGAGCCGGGCCGCUACAAACAUCAAGAAGUUGUUCGCAACAAAACAGGAUCGGAAACAAAUGAGAGAAGCGGCAGCAGCCAGGAAAAGUGCAAGUCUUGGCGAUGAAAUUGAGCAGUCGUUAACUGCCUUCUUCCAAGGGCAUGAGCAGCAGAGGUGUCAGAGAGAUAAUUCUGAGUAA